AUGACAAAGAAUUGCUUCUACUGGAAGAAAUACGGAGGUACAAAACAAUUGACAAUCCAUAACAAUACUGAUACUAUUCAUGCCAUAAAAAUCAAAUCUUCUGAUAAUGCAUUGUACAGGAUCACACCUCCAAUGGGUUCGGUUCUUCCAUCAGAAACAUACACUGUAAAAAUUCAUCGCACACAUGCACCGAUUAAACCAGACAAAAUUAUCGUGAUGGCGGUGCCGACUGUGAAGGAAGAGAGAUACCUUGAAGAACUCUUCGACAGCCCAUUUGUCCCAAACAGCAAGAUAUCUAUUACUCAGAUAAUUGAAGCCGGCAAUAACAUCCCAGCUUAUCAUGCACCAUGCGCUCCCGAAGGAGCGUUGUGCUUGAAGUUCAGUGCUGUAAAGUUGGCCUUCAACGGCGAAGUCGGUGGAGACCAGAUGGAUCAGGCUACCGUUCCACCACUGGUUUCGGUAUGGCUAAAGAACAAAAAAGCUUGGGCAGUUUAA